CUUUCCUUUUCCGGGUCCCCGCUGGACCGGCCGGGCGCAUGCGCCACUGUCCGCUGGCGGCUCGCGGCUCCUUCUUCCGGCCUCCCCCUUGGGUCGGAUCCCGCUGAAGCCGGGCCAGCGCGAAGCCCUAAACGAGUGACCUGUGACCCCGGAAGUGGACCUUCGGGUCCCGGGCUCUCCCGGGGCGGGAGGCGAGGGCGCCGACGCCUGCAACCCCCGGAACACCCGCCCCACGCCCACCUUUGGAUGCUGCCGGCGGGUGCCCGGCCCGUGUCCCGGACCCGCCUGCCAGCUCGGCCCCUCGGAGCACUCGCGGGCCGGGGGUGGGGGCCCGCACCCCGCCCCUGAUGCGGCUCCACCCCCGCGCCCGGGCCUCGCACCGCUGACCGCCGGGCCGGCCCCGCCCCCUGCCCGCACCCGCGCCCCGCCGAGCCCGCUCCCCGGCCGGGGGAGGCCAUGGCGUGAGCGCGAGGCCGGGCCCCGGGGCCCUCGGGCGCCAGGCGGGGCAUGGGCCGGGGGCCGCCCUGAUGAGGGUCCCGGGAGGGGGGCGCGCGCAGCAGCGGCGGGGCCAUGGGGUCGCAGGUGCUGCAGAUUCUGCGCCAGGGGGUGUGGGCCUCGCUCACCGGCGGUUGGUUCUUCGACCCGCACCAGAGCACCUUCUCCAACUGCUUCCACCUCUACGUCUGGAUCUUCCUGCUUACCUUCCCCUUCCUCCUGUACAUGGUCCUGCCCCCCAGCCUGAUGGUGGCCGGCGUGUACUGCCUGGUGGUGGCUGUCAUCUUCGCGACCAUCAAGACUGUCAACUACCGGCUGCAUGCUAUGUUCGACCAGGGGGAGAUUGUGGAGAAGCGCAGCUCCACCGUGGGGGAGGCAGAGGAGGAGGCGGCCCAGGGGGACAGCAAUCCACCCAGGGACCCCGGCGUGGAGAUGACGGUGUUCCGGAAAGUGAGUUCCACGCCCCCCGUGCGCUGUAGCUCCCAGCACUCCGUGUUUGGCUUCAACCAGGUCUCGGAGCUGCUUCCCCGGAUGGACGACUCCGGGCCCCUUCGAGACAUCAAGGAGCUGGUGCGGGAACAGGGCAGCAACAACGUCAUCGUCACCUCCGCCGACCGCGAGAUGCUGAAGCUGAGCUCACAGGAGAAGCUGAUUGGAGACCUUCCGCAGACGCCCCCAGGGGGCAUCCCGGACCCGUCUCUCCCCAGCACCGACUCUUCCGAACGCUCUCCGCUGGCUGGAGGGGGCGUCCCCUGGGGCGGGAGCAGCGUGGUGGACACGCCGCUGAGCCCCCUGCUGAAGGGCAGCCUCAGCCAGGAGCUGAGCAAGAGCUUCCUGACCCUCACCCGGCCGGACCGCGCCCUGGUGAGGACCAGCAGCCGCCGGGAGUCCCGGCGGGGAGUGGGCGGCUACCAGCCCCUGGACCGGCGCAGCUCGGGGGAGCCCCUGGCCCAGAAGGCGGGCUCCUCGGACUCCUGCUUCAGCGGCACGGACCGAGAGACCGUGAGCAGCUUCAAGAGCGAGAAGACCAACUCCACGCACCUCGACAGCCCCCCGGGCGGGCCGGCUGCCGAGGGCAGCGACACAGACCCACCGUCUGAGGCUGAGCUCCCGGCCUCCCCUGACGCCGGCGUCCCCUCGGAUGACACGCUCCGUUCCUUUGAUACCGUCAUUGGAGCCGGCACGCCCCCAGGCCCGGCCGAGCCGCUGCUGGUUGUGCGGCCCAAGGACUUGGCGUUGCUGCGGCCGGGCAAACGGCGGCCGCCCCUGCGGAGACACUCGCCCCCCGGCCGUGCCCCUCGCCGGCCCCUGCUGGAGGGGGGCGGCUUCUUCGAGGACGAAGACACGAGCGAGGGCAGUGAGCUGAGCCCGGCCUCCAGCCUCCGCUCCCAGCGCCGCUACAGUUCCGACAGCUCCUCCUCGGCUUCCGGCUACUCCCCCGAGAGCUCCCGGGGUGCGGCUGGAGGCGCCCGGAAGCGACGGGCCCCCCAUGGGGUCGAGGAGGGGACCGCUGUGCCCCCAAAGCGGCCCUAUGGGGCCCAGCGGACACCUAGUACCGCCAGCGCCAAGACGCAUGCCCGCGUGCUGAGCAUGGACGGGGCUGGGGGUGACGUGCUCAGGGGCCCCCUGGCUGGCUCCAAGGCUGAGCUGGAGGCCCAGGCUGGGGUGGACCUGGGUGCCGGGGAGCCCACGGUGCUACCCGCUGAGGCCCGCAGGGGACCCGAUGCCAACCAGCCUGGCUGGCGGGGGGAGCUGCAGGAGGAAGGUGCCACCGGGGGAGCCGCCGAGGACACCAGCAAACGAGACCGUUCAAGCAGCGUCCGACGCACCCAGGCCAUCCGCAGGCGCCACAACGCCGGCAGCAACCCGACGCCCCCUGCCUCCGUCAUGGGCUCCCCUCCCAGCAGCCUGCAGGAGGCCCAGCGGGGCCGCGCCGCCUCCCACUCGCGAGCGCUCACACUACCCUCAGCCUUGCACUUCGCGUCCACCCUGCUGCUGACCCGCGCGGGCGCCAACGUGCACGAGGCCUGCACCUUCGACGACACUUCCGAGGGCGCCGUGCACUACUUUUACGACGAGAGUGGCGUGCGGCGCUCCUACACCUUCGGCCUGGCUGGCGGCGGCUACGAGAACCCCGUGGGACAGCAGGGCGAGCAGCCGGCCAACGGGGCCUGGGACCGCCACUCCCACUCGUCCAGCUUCCACUCUGCCGACGUGCCCGAGGUGGCGGGAGGCCUGAACCUGCUGCCGCCGCGGCCCGUAGUCCUGCAGGGCAUGCAGGUGCGCCGAGUGCCCCUGGAGAUCCCCGAGUUUGACCUGCUGGACCAGGAAUCCCUGCACGAACCCCAGGAGCAGACGCUGAUGGAGGAGGCGCCGCCCCGCGCCCAGCACAGCUACAAGUACUGGCUGCUGCCCGGCCGCUGGACCUCCGUGCGCUACGAGCGGCUCGCGCUGCUGGCCCUGCUGGACCGGACGCGGGGGCUGCUGGAGAAUGUCGUGGGCGUGGGCCUGAGCAGCCUCGUGGCCUUCCUGGGCUACCUGCUGCUGCUCAAGGGCUUCUUCACCGACAUCUGGGUCUUCCAGUUCUGCCUGGUCAUCGCGUCCUGCCAGUACUCCCUGCUGAAGAGUGUCCAGCCUGACGCCGCCUCGCCCAUGCACGGCCACAACUGGGUGAUCGCGUACAGCCGGCCCGUGUACUUCUGCGUCUGCUGCCUGCUCAUCUGGCUGCUGGACGCCCUGGGCUCGGCGCAGCCCUUCCCGCCCAUCUCCCUCUACGGCCUCACUCUCUUCUCCGCUUCCUUCUUCUUCUGCGCCCGCGACGUGGCCACCGUGUUCACCUUGUGCUUCCCGUUCGUCUUCCUGCUGGGCCUCCUGCCCCAGGUCAACACCUGUCUCAUGUACCUGCUGGAGCAGAUCGACAUGCACGGCUUCGGGGGCACAGCCGCAACCAGCCCGCUCACCGCCGUCUUCAGCCUGUCCCGAAGCCUGUUGGCCGCCGCCCUGCUCUACGGCUUCUGCCUCGGGGCCAUCAAGAGCCCCUGGCCAGAGCAGCACGUGCCGGUCCUCUUCUCCAUCUUCUGCGGCCUCCUGGUGGCGCUGUCCUACCACCUGAGCCGGCAGAGCAGUGACCCCACCGUGCUCUGGUCUCUGAUCCGGAGCAAGCUCUUCCCCGAGCUGGAGGAGCGGAGCCUGGAGACGGCCCGGGCUGAGCCCCCAGACCCGCUCCCCGACAAGAUGCGGCAGUCGGUGCGCGAGGUCCUGCACUCGGACCUGGUGAUGUGCGUGGUCAUCGCCGUGCUCACCUUCGCCAUCAGCGCCAGCACCGUCUUCAUCGCCCUGAAGUCGGUGCUGGGGUUCGUGCUGUACGCGCUGGCGGGGGCCGUGGGCUUCUUCACGCACUACCUGCUGCCGCAGCUCCGCAAGCAGCUGCCCUGGUUCUGCCUGUCGCAGCCGCUGCUGAAGCCGCUGGAGUAUAGCCAGUAUGAAGUGCGCGGCGCGGCCCAGGUAAUGUGGUUUGAGAAGCUCUACGCCGGCCUGCAGUGCGUGGAGAAGUACCUCAUCUACCCCGCCGUGGUGCUCAACGCCCUCACGGUGGACGCCCACACCGUCGUCAGCCACCCCGACAAGUUCUGCCUCUACUGCCGGGCCCUGCUCAUGACCGUGGCCGGGCUGAAGCUGCUGCGCUCGGCCUUCUGCUGCCCGCCCCAGCAGUACCUGACCUUGGCCUUCACCGUGCUGCUCUUCCACUUCGACUACCCACGCCUGUCCCAGGGCUUCCUGCUCGACUACUUUCUCAUGUCCCUGCUGUGCAGCAAGCUGUGGGACCUGCUGUACAAGCUCCGUUUCGUGCUGACCUACAUCGCGCCCUGGCAGAUCACCUGGGGCUCGGCUUUCCACGCUUUCGCCCAGCCCUUCGCUGUGCCACACUCGGCCAUGCUGUUCAUCCAGGCUCUGCUCUCGGCGCUCUUUUCCACGCCGCUGAACCCCCUGCUGGGCAGCGCCGUGUUCAUCAUGUCCUACGCGCGGCCCCUCAAGUUCUGGGAGCGAGACUACAACACUAAACGCGUGGACCACUCCAACACCCGCCUGGUCACGCAGCUGGACCGGAACCCGGGCGCCGACGACAACAACCUCAACUCCAUCUUCUACGAGCACCUGACGCGCUCGCUGCAGCACACGCUGUGUGGGGACCUGGUGCUCGGCCGCUGGGGCAACUACGGCCCCGGCGACUGCUUCGUGCUGGCCUCGGACUACCUCAACGCCCUGGUGCACCUCAUCGAGGUCGGCAACGGCCUCAUCACCUUCCAGCUGCGCGGUCUGGAGUUCCGGGGGACCUACUGCCAGCAGCGCGAGGUGGAGGCCAUCACGGAGGGCGUGGAGGAGGAUGAGGGCUGCUGCUGCUGCGAGCCGGGCCACCUGCCACGCGUCCUGUCCUUCAACGCCGCCUUCGGGCAGCGCUGGCUGGCCUGGGAGGUGACAGCCAGCAAGUACGUGCUGGAGGGCUACAGCAUCAGCGACAACAACGCGGCGUCCAUGCUGCAGGUCUUCGACCUCCGCAAGAUCCUCAUCACCUACUACGUCAAGAGCAUCAUCUACUACGUGAGCCGCUCGCCGAAGCUGGAGGCCUGGCUGAGCCACGAGGGCAUCGCGGCCGCGCUGAGGCCCGUGCGGGCCCCGGGCUACGCCGACUCGGACCCCACCUUCUCGCUGAGCGUGGACGAGGACUAUGACCUCCGGCUCUCGGGCCUCUCCCUGCCUGCCUUCUGCGCCGUGCACCUGGAGUGGGUGCAGUACUGCGCCUCCCGGCGCGGCCAGCCCGUGGACCAGGACUGGAAUUCGCCGCUGGUCACGCUGUGUUUCGGCCUCUGUGUGCUGGGUCGCCGGGCCCUGGGGACGGCCUCGCACAGCAUGUCUGCCAGCCUGGAGCCCUUCCUGUACGGCCUGCACGCCCUGUUCAAGGGGGACUUCCGCAUCACCUCCCCACGUGACGAGUGGGUCUUUGCCGACAUGGACCUGCUCCACCGGGUGGUGGCCCCUGGGGUGCGCAUGGCCCUCAAGCUUCACCAGGACCACUUCACCUCCCCGGAUGAGUACGAGGAGCCAGCUGCCCUGUACGACGCUAUCGCCGCCAAUGAGGAGCGGCUGGUCAUCUCACACGAGGGGGACCCCGCGUGGCGCAGCGCCAUCCUCAGCAACACGCCUUCGCUGCUGGCACUGCGCCACGUGCUGGACGAUGCCUCAGAUGAGUAUAAGAUCAUCAUGCUCAACCGGCGGCAUCUCAGCUUCCGCGUUAUCAAGGUGAACCGCGAGUGCGUGCGUGGCCUCUGGGCCGGACAGCAGCAGGAGCUUGUGUUCCUACGCAAUCGCAACCCUGAGCGUGGAAGCAUCCAGAACGCCAAGCAGGCACUUCGCAACAUGAUUAAUUCUUCCUGUGACCAGCCUUUAGGCUACCCCAUCUACGUGUCGCCCCUCACCACCUCGCUGGCCGGCAGCCACCCGCAGCUGCGGGCGCUGUGGGGUGGCCCGGUCAGCCUGGGUGCCAUCACCCGCUGGCUGCUGCAGAGCUGGGAGAGGCUGCAUAAGGGCUGCGGCGCGGGCUGCAACAGCGGCGGCAAUGUGGACGACUCCGAUUGUGCUGGAGGCGGAGGUUUGACUUCCCUCAGCAGCAGCAACCCCCCGCUGGCGCACCCCACGCCUGAGAACACGGCAGGCAGUGGCGACCAGCCCCUCCCUUCAGGGCCCGCCUGGGGCCCGCGGCCUUCCCUCAGCGGCUCUGGUGACGGUCGCCCCCCCCCUCUGCUGCAGUGGCCACCCCCUCGGCUCCCAGGACCACCCCCAGCGUCACCUGCCCCUGCUGAGGGCCCCCGGCCCCCCAGGCACCCUGGCUCUGGUAUCCUCAGUUCUGAGGGUCCCAGUGGGAAGUGGAGCCUGGGGGGUCGGAAGGGACUGGGGGGAUCUGAUGGGGAGCCAGCCUCAGGGAGCCCCAAAGGAGGCACCCCCAAAUCUCAGGCGCCCUUAGACCUCAGCCCCGAUGUCAGCACUGACGCCUCGCCCCCUGGAGCCACACAGGACCUUCCUGGCUUGGACAGCAGUGCUCCUAAGAGUGACACGCCCACAGGGGCCUCAGGGGACUGGCCUGUCCCAGCUGAGGAGCGGGAGAGCCCAGCUGCCCAGCCCCUGCUGGAGCAUCAGUACUGAGGGCCAUCACCCCUGGAUCCCACCCCGGAUCCAGGAGCUCGGACCCCUGGCCUCUGGGCCUCUCUGUCGGACCACAGAACCGAGUGGCUUUGGCUCCACGUCGGAACCCUGGCCUUUGGCUGCCUUAGCCAGGGCACCGGAACUGAGUGACCCAGACUUCUGACCUUGACCCCUGCUCUCUCGUCCUUCGUUCCGGUGUGGGUGCCCCACACUGAGGCAGGCAGCCUCCCAGCCCGGCCUCAGAGCCAACCCCAUGGGCUGGUCCCGCUUGGAGCCGGUGGCCAGGACUGACGGCCCCUGGGCCUGGGGCCGGGGCUGGAAGAUGGGAGGGUGGAUUUCUUCUUUCUUUCCUUUUUUCUUUCUUUCUUUCCCCCCCCGCCCCCCCGUGCUUCAGAGACACCAGAAUUAAUAACACUAUUUUUGAUUUUG